AUGCCGGAAAACAAAGGGUGCCCGUUGAACGUCUGCUGCAGCCCGUUCGGGUUCUGCGGGACCACCUCCCAAUUCUGCGGAGACGGGUGCCAGAGUGGAUGUGAGCAGCCGGCCUCGAAUUCCUCCGGAAGCAAUGUCCAGCAGCGUAUCAUUGGAUACUACGAAGCCUGGCAGAGCGAUAAGCGAUGUAUGGGCAUGAAUGUGGAUCAAGUUCCGGUCGAGAGCUUGACCCACAUCAACUAUGCCUUUGCCGUUGUUGAGCCGGAUACCUUCAAGAUUGGGCCCAUGCCCAAAGCCGACGAAUCGACCAUAAGCGAUUUCACGGCGCUGAAGGAGAGAAACCCCAAUGUGGUGGUGGGAGUGUCCAUUGGAGGAUGGGACUUCAAUGAUAACCACACAGACACACAAGGGGUCUUCGCCGAUAUUGUAUCAUCGGAUAAGAAGAGAGAGAAGUUCGUCAGCGAGCUCUUGAAAUUCAUGAAGCAUUAUGCCUUUGACGCGGUUGAUCUUGAUUGGGAAUAUCCGGGUGCCACGGACCGCCAACCCCCCCAUACGGAUACCUCUGGCAAUAAAAAAGGCUAUGUCCACCUGAUGCGAGAUAUUCGGAAGGCAUUGGAUAAUGAGGACAAAAAAUACGAGCUUUCCUUUACGGCUCCUACUUCGUAUUGGUACCUUCGCUGGUUUGACAUGAAAGAGAUGGUCAAAGCAGCCGACUAUGUUAACUUCAUGACAUAUGAUCUUCAUGGAAUCUGGGAUGCCACGAACCCAAUCGGAAGCCACGUUCUGGCGCACACUAACCUGACGGAAAUCACAGACGCGCUCGAUCUGCUGUGGCGAAACGAAGUGCCUGCAAAGAAGGUCAAUCUCGGACUUGCGUUCUACGCAAGAACCUUCCAACUAAAAAACAAGGACUGCGAUCGUCCUGGUUGCUUGUUCAAGGGAGGCGGUUUGAAAGGGCCCUGUACCAAAAACUCCGGCACCCUUUCCUACCGUGAGUUGGCUGACGUGAUGGUGUCCCACGACAUCACGCCCACAUACGACAAGAAGGCCGCCGUCAAGUACUUCACAUGGAAUGAAGAUCAGUGGGCGUCGUUUGACGAUCAACAAACAUUUCAACAGAAGGUUAAAUUCGCUAAUGAGCAGGGCCUCGGAGGCCUGCUGAUCUGGUCACUGGAUCAGGAUGAUAGUAACCUCGAUCAACUGCGAGGGGUGCUUUACCCUCGAGAUGUCAAGAUCAGUGAUUCCACGGCUGAUGAUGUCAGUUUCUGGGAGAGUCAGACAAUCGGUGAUUGUCAAACCAGUGACUGUGGUGGCUCAUGCAGUCCUGGCACCAUUCAAAUAGAAACCAUCGACUGCCCGUCAGGCGGCGGCAAACAGAAGAUCUGCUGUCCCAUCGCAUCUGCGCCGGAUCCGAAGACCUGCCAUUGGCGUGGAGGGGAAUCUUCGGGGUUUUGCAACGGUCAAUGCCACGGUGGAGAAGUUGCCAUCUCCUCCAGCGUGGAUGGAGGCAAUGGCCAUUGCACCGAUGGCCGACAGUUCUACUGCUGCCCUAUCCCCGAAGUUGCCGCCGGCGGUGGAAUCAACUGUGGCUGGCAGGACAGUUGUCGCAAGGACCAGGAGCCACUGACCUUCGCGGGGACAUUCUUGUUGGAUUUUAUCGAACCGGCCAAAUUCGCCGGUCUGGCCGGGCCUUCGCUGUCCAGGGCGCUCGAGGAUAUUGAUAUCAUGUCACGCAAAAUGUACUGCUGCGGCAAGGAAGAAGUCAAUAACUGGAAAGACUGCUACUGGGCAGGGAAAACCGGGAGAGGGGUUCACUCCUGUGAUGAUAACCAUUGCAACACAGGCCACGAGGUGGAAUUAACCAACAGCCCUUACGGCGGUGGGGAAAGUUGCACGCCAAUGGACACCUCCCGACAGCGCGCGUUCUGUUGCAAUCCCGCAAGUGGGAAGAGUCCCUUCAUGCCAGUUCCCCUUGAGUACCUGUUCCCAGACCCUCCACCCGACGAUUCGAGCCCAGAGUUCACCCUCAAGGUUGACGAUACAUGGGGGACCGGGAAGUCCAAGAGCAAAGACGACCCCAAUGCCGCGGCUUUUGGCUUCGUUGUGAUUACCGCACCGGAUGAAGUGUCGGCCAGCUUGGACAAGAGAGACGGGGCUCCUUGGGAGGUCAUGGACUGCAUCGAGACUGAUAGUGAGGACGAACAAAAGGUGCGGGUUUUCUGCACAGACACCUCCGAAGACAGUCUGUGCCACAAGAUCCACCUCGGAAAGGGCGUUCCGGGUACCAUCCUUCAGAUGCCCGAAUCCUGUGGGCCUGGAAAGUAUGCUGUCGCCAAAACCUUCGGUCUCUCCGCAAACCAGACUGUUCCAGGGCAUCUGUCCAAGCGGGGCGCAUCUGAAGUUUACGAUUUGACCUAUGACUACGAUUUCAAACGGGUGCCCCGGGACUAUGGCGAGAGUAAGAUGCGUCUCGAUUUCAGCAACGAGAAGGGCUACUGGGAUGCCGUCGUCGACCGCCCUGGCCAAGGCUCCAAGUCCAAGCGUGACCUGGGCGUGUAUCAUGAAAACCCCAAACGCUGGAUGGAAGAAGAAUGGCGUGACGCCUACCAUAUGGGCUCCUUGUCCCACGACGAGAUCCACAAACGAUGGUUCGGCGAAGAUGUCCUCGCCUGGCUUGCAAACCUUAUUGGCCUGUCAGAAGUUGAGGCGACAAAGGAGUUUACUCACAGUGUUGACGAGAGGAUAGAGGUGAUAUUGAUCGAUCAGCAAUUUGGGCCCUGCCCGGUUGGCCCUGCACAGGCACAGGCGAAUAUUCGAUCCACCGUCGACGCGCAUCUUCGGAUCGACAGCUCGUUUGGACUGACGAUAAUUGCUAAUCUAGGAGACACAAUUGACCUGAGCCAGUCAUAUCUGUUCUUCCGGAAUAAAGGUGAAGUGACUGCUAAGUUCCAGCUGGACGCGGUGGCUUCGUUGACCUACCGCUCCGGGGAUAUCAAGCUCUUUGGCUUGGACGAUUUCCCUGGUGCUACAUUUCGUGUCCCCGGCAUUGUAACAGUCGGGCCUAAUAUGGCUGUCUAUGCCUCGGCCGACGCUGAGUUCACGGUUGCGGGCCACCUCGAAGCUGAGGUCGCUGUGGCCCAGUGGGAGAUCCGGCAAACGUAUCCGGAAAACGCCAAAUACCCGCCAGAGGCCAUUUCGGAACCCGACAAUGAUGGCACCCAGACACUGGGCAAGCCCAGAUUCGAGGCGAGUGUGACUGCCAGGGGAGAGAUCGCUCUGCAUUUGAAGCCAACCGUCCAGUUCGGAAUUGAAUUUGACUCUCGAUGGAAGGUAGACAAGUGUACGGUGGAUCUGGUUCUGGAUGGUUAUACCAUUGCGCAUGCCCAGGCAUCCGCGUCCACCAGCUCUGACAACUCAUGUCCAUUCUCCUAUGGCAUCGAUGCAGGUUCGAAUAUCUUCGCCCAGCUCAAUGCCCCGAAGUUAUAUGGUUGGGGUGGCCAGACUCGAAUACCCAUUGCCACAGUUCCUCGAAAGCAAAUCACCCCGGAGACCUGUGUGAACAACAGCAGUAAGCGGUCAUUUGAUGAAAUUGAUCCUCUUUCGGGGGAUUAUCUCCCCUCGUUCAACUCCCCAGGUCUGGGUAUUAACCAGAUGGAUAAACGCGAGACGUUCACUUUGGGCCCCAUCAUCACUAUCCCAGACAGCUUUCUGUCCUGUCCCAGUAAUGACUCGACCUCAAACUCUACGUUUUAUUGCCCUUCUUGUGGUGUUAAGAAUGAUGACGACCACCAGAAUUCUCGGACCCGUCGCGACGCCGAAGCGUGUCCUCUGCUCGGUCCUAGAACCGAAGAGUCGUGUGCCAACUCGGCCACCCUUCACAAACGAAGCAACGGGUCGAAAAAGAUUAAUCUCUCUUGGCAGGGAAAGAGUUUCUUCUACUCUAGAUACCCAAGUUGCUCAGUGGCCAAUCUCGGCUCUUUGCAAGGCGUCGCCAAGUGGUAUAUGCCGAUAGGCUUCGGGCAAAACACCGGAUGCGGCCCCCAAGUUGGAAAAUUCGAUGACGACGGGAAUGGUCAAACUACCGUCAGCGGUGUGGACAUGUCUCAAUUCGACAAUGAUCAUGUCUUCGAAAUUCACCUGAUCUCCGAGUUUCUCGAGUGGCUCUGUGAAGGUGACAAAGAGACCAAAUACAAUCAGGAAGCUAUUCCGUUCCCGUCUGCGGCGGGCUGGCAACGGCCCGACCCAACCUGGUGUGAGCCCGUUUUUGGAAGCGAAGAAGGCACGGGUUGGAAAUUCCCCGUAGACGCCAAUGAUGGUGACCCUCAGAACUGGAUCGUCAAUACCGCAACGAAGCUCGGAGGGUCGGACAGGCCAGACCUGAUGGCACUCUAUUACAGAGAGUCCAACAUCGCCAAGGGCCAAGUGACACAGGGCCACCAAAUGGCCGUGGCCGAUGAUGACGUUGACGUGGCCAUUCAAAAUAUCAUCAGCACUGCCAACAUCUUCUUUUACCUCAACGACAAGGACAUCAAACCCAUGUGGACGCAACCCUCCAACGCCAUCGAGGCAAUCUCCGCCUCUUUUGACGCCCACUUUUGGCAAGGCGCGCAGACCGAUGGAAACGGGAACCUGUAUCGCCAUGGACCUCAUUUCCCCGGGCGAGAAUUCCGAAUCCCGCCAGCACCCCAGGGGGUGACCCACUGGGGGUUACGCACAUUGUGGUGUUUCUGGAUUGACCAACACCUUAGAGAGACAGAGUAUCUUGCCUCUAGCUGGGCGGAGACCGCAAAGACAAUCAUGGAGGCAUAUGCGGAUGACGAUGACGAUGAUAUAAGCGAUGACGCCACUCAAUUCAUCCAAAAUUUCAUGGGCCCAGGUGGUCAGGUCACGUCGGCCCACCUGCUGUACCCCAGGAACCCCCGCGGAGGUUCCAGGUCGCAGAGUGAAUAUGACAUGUGGGGGAACAACAACCUUGGGGACACAGGAAUUUAA